AUGAGCGAAGAACCUGACUCGCUGCCGACACUUUCGGUACCGGACCAACAGCCUAAAGGCUUGGACAUCCUGCCAACGUCACUGGUGAACCUGACCACCCCACUUGCAGGCGGAAAUUCCUCACCAUUGGAUGCCGAGGCCCUUCUGAAACUUCACGAUCCUAAACUGUUGAAACUAUUACGUCAGUUUGGCGGAUUCGAUUUCUUGUGUCACAAUGUUCUUCACCUGGACCCAGUUCGAGGUUUAGACGAUUCAAACGAGGCUGAUAUGAGAUGGCGUCAAGAAACAUUUGGUAAAAAUCGUCUUCCUCAACGACUGGUCAAGAACUUUUUCCAACUUUGUUGGGAUGCCAUGAAAGACAAAGUUCUUAUAUUAUUGUGUAUUGCCGCCAUCGUGUCGUUAGCCUUGGGAUUAUACGAGACGUUUGGUGCACCCCCCGAACUCGAUGACGAAGGUAUACCAUUGCCCCGUGUUGAUUGGGUCGAAGGUGUGGCCAUUCUUGUGGCCGUUGUAAUUGUUGUUGUGGUUGGUGCUGCCAACGACUACCAAAAAGAACGUCAAUUUGCUAAACUCAACGCUAAAAAGGAAGAUCGUGAAAUCAUUGUCAUUCGCAAUGGCGCUCAAAAGAUGAUUUCCAUUUUUGAUCUAGAAGUUGGGGAUGUGCUCAACGUUCAAACUGGUGAUGUCAUUCCUGCUGAUGCAAUCUUGAUUGAUGGUGCCGUCGAGUGCGAUGAAUCGGCUCUUACUGGUGAAUCUGACACAAUCAAUAAAGUUCCCGUUGUUGAAGCUGUUAGAGCAUACGACUUACUUGACACCCUGGAGGAUGUUGGUCUGCACCUAGUGUCAAUCAGUGAUCCCUACUUGAUUUCAGGGUCUACCGUUCUUUCGGGGUUGGGGAAUGCCAUGGUGACCGCCGUUGGAGUUCAGUCUUUACAUGGUCGAACCAUGAUGAACCUCAGCGAGGAGCCGGAAGUAACUCCAUUACAAGCUCGCUUAGAUGGUCUUGCUGAGGGUAUUUCUAAGUACGGUAUGCUUGUGGCGCUUAUUUUAUUCAUCAUUUUGUUUAUUCGGUUUUGCGUCCGUAUCGCUCCUGGAGGAAGAGAUCACCAUCAUCCUUCGUCCGAGAAAGGCCGGCUUUUCAUGGACAUUUUGAUUACUGCAAUCACUAUUGUUGUCGUGGCAGUACCCGAAGGUUUGCCUCUUGCCGUCACCUUAGCUUUAGCAUUCGCUACUACGCGUAUGGCACAGAAUGGUAAUCUUGUUCGUGUACUCAAAUCAUGUGAAACAAUGGGACUGGCUACUGCAGUUUGUUCUGACAAAACGGGUACCUUAACUGAGAAUCGCAUGACGGUAGUCACUGGCUUCAUCGGCAUGACGGGCGACAUUCCAUUGGAAUUUUCUGAUGUAAGUCUCAGUGCACUGAGUGCUCCCGCUGAUUAUGCUCUGCUGGAGCAGGUCAUUUCGAAUAUCUCGAACGAGCAAAAAGACUAUGUUUGCACCAACAUCACGAUCAAUUCUACUGCGUUCGAAAAUGUUGAUUACGAUCAAGCGGAGGCAGAAAAGGCCCGCGCCAAACCCAAGCACGUACCCAUUUGGAAGCAGUUGUUGUUGAGUCAAAAGCCGGAAAUGUCGCAGUUAGGAAGUCGGACGGAGCCUUACUUUGGCAACAAGACGGAGCUGGCACUUCUUGGUUGGGCCAAGAGCAAGUUCCAUUGGUAUGACGACGCUAGUUUGGAAACCCGGCGUCUGGAUGAUCUACAACUGGUCGUGCAAGUGAUUCCUUUCGAGUCACUGCGUAAAUGGGCCGGUGUGGUGCUUAAGGUACCGAAUGGCUAUCGUUUGUACAUUAAGGGAGCUGCUGAGAUAAUUUUCAAGUUUUGCGGACACACUUACAAUAAUGAAGGAAAGCUUCGCGACUUGCUGCGCGAGGAUCGUGAUGAGUGCUUGCAAAGGAUUGAUACUUAUGCUCUGGAAGCUCUCAGAACAAUGGCCUUAGCCCAUUGCGAUUACACUGACAUUGUCCUGUGGCCUCCUAAAGAACUCGUCAAUCCCGAUCAUCCGGAAGAAGCAAACCCAGAUGCUUUGUUGAAGUUAGCCUAUGGCAAUUCCCUGGAAACUGGCUCCAAAUUGUUAGUGCUUGACGCUCUCGUUGGUAUUCAAGACCCUUUGAAGGAGGGGGUUGCUGAGUCUGUUUUGCAAUGCAAACGCGCUGGCGUGUCUGUGACUAUGGUCACGGGUGACAAUUUGAACACAGCCAAGGCCAUUUCCAAAAACUGCCAUAUUUUAACUCCUGAUGAUUUGACGAAUGAGUAUGCAGCUAUGGAAGGGCCAAAGUUCCGUGCAUUGCUGAUUGAGGAACGCAAGAAAAUCGUUCCUCAUUUGCGAGUUUUGGCGCGUUCUCUGCCUGAAGACAAACGUAUCUUGGUUGAUACCAAGAAAAAGCUUGGUGAAGUCGUUGCUGUGACGGGUGACGGGACAAAUGACGCCCCAGCUUUAAGAUUGGCUGAUGUGGGGUUCCUGAUGGGUAUCUCUGGUACCGAAGUUGCCCGCGAAGCCUCGGAUAUUAUCUUGAUGACUGAUGACUUCUCUGACAUCGUUCAAGCUAUCAAGUGGGGUCGUACAGUUGCCGUUUCUAUCAAAAAGUUUAUUCAGUUCCAGCUCACCGUCAACGUCACAGCAUGUGUGCUUACGUUUGUGUCAGCAGUGUCUAAUUCUGAGGGUAAGCCUGUGUUGACUGCAGUGCAGUUGUUGUGGGUGAAUUUGAUUAUGGACACGCUCGCUGCUCUAGCUCUUGCUACUGACAAACCUGAUGAAAAUUUCUUGAAUCAGAAACCUGCGGGUCGACACGCACCCUUGAUCUCGACCCUGAUGUGGAAGAUGAUCAUUGGUCAGGCGAUUGCUCAGCUUGCUGUUACUUUCACUUUGUACUUUGCUGGUCCUCAGUUGUUUUUCUCAGAUCACUACCAUCAUUUAAGCAACAAAGAGAAAAAGCAACUUCACGCCAUGACUUUCAACACCUUUGUGUGGCUUCAGUUGUGGAAGCUUGUGGUCACCCGAAAGCUUGACGAAUGCGCUGAUGUGCGUACCAUUCGUGGACGCAUAAAUCGUGAAAAUUUAGACUUUUUCCAGCAUUUAUUCCGCAACUGGUAUUUCAUUGCCAUUUUCGCUAUUAUCUCUGGUAUUCAAGUCCUCAUUAUGUUUGUUGGGGGUGCUGCUUUUUCGAUUACGCGUCAGACAGGUGGCCAGUGGGCUACUGCUAUUCUUUGUGGCUUAAUUUCUAUUCCUGUUGGGUGGCUUAUUCGUAUCAUCCCCAAUUGGUGGGUCGAAAAAAUAUUCCCUACCAAAUAUUUCAACAAGCUAAUCUAUGUGGUCGGAUUUGGCUGGUUGAAACGCAAGAAGAAGCACGACCCUGAGUUUGAAGGACCCGUCGCUAAAGAAGUCGCCCAAGCUGAAAAAAUCAUGGGAGAAUAA